UCACAUAUGGCAUAAUGAAGUCAUUAGGUGUUUUCUUUUAUGACCUAAUGGCUUAUUUCGAUGUGUCCAACAGCAGAGUGUCCUGGAUAUUAUCUAUCUCUGCAUUUGUAAUGAUGUUUACAGCAAAACAGGUUUCAGCUAGUGCCUGCUAAACAUUCUCUUACUCCACUUCGGCUCAAGAAUUUAGGUCACGAAAGAAUCUGCUGAAUCCCGUUUAAAGUGAAACGUUAACAAACGUCAACACUACCAGACAAAGAGAAGACUGAACAGCACUUCUGUGUACCAGUACAGUACCUAAUGAACCACAUGCAAACUAGGAAAAAUCAAGAACAGUAUAAAAUUCAUUGCAGUAAUUCUGACAGCUGAAAUCAUAAAAUGGAAGUAAGGGUUGGGAUUAUUGUAAGUUCUAAUCCUUAAUUUUAUUAAUCGGUGGACAGUGCAGCAAUCAGGAUGCAAAUGUAUUGCAUGGAGAUGAUUCAGUUUUCUAUUGUGCAGUGAUUGAGGGAGUAGAGUUUGCAAAUGUUUGGAACAACUUUAUUAUGCAGGAUUUUCAAUGUACCUCUAUAAAAAGUUGUUACAAAUCAUUGGGAAUGCGAGAGGAAAAAGAAACUGUUUGUUUUAAAAAAUGGAUCAUGUUGACCAGAAUUGAUUGGAUGUUUGUAGAUGUAGUUGUGUGUAAUUUGUUUAGAUCCUUGAAGGACUUUGGAGGUAGUGGUUUAGGCGCAAGAACCUCGAAUUUUGCAUUGGUGAAUCUGGCUGGCAUGUCAGGAAACCAACUAAAUCUGGUGAUGCUUGAAAGGGCACGCCCUGCACCUGUUUCCUUCUCUCUUCCACAAACCACUCCCCUCGUCCCACCCUCCCACCUUCAAUUCGUCGCCACCUUAAUGCAUCAGCCAAAAUUAGCAAAUCAGUUGAGUUGGUUUUCAAAUUUGGCUUACUUGGAAAGGAGCACUGCAGCUAUCAAAUUGCUGAUCAUUCAAAUUAAGGGCAUUCAGAGGUUUGGAUAUUGCCUAUUUUUAAAAUGGUAAAAUGCUGCAGUUUGUGCUCUUCUCCAAGGUCAGUGGAGAUAAGUUAAGAAUGAUACUUUGAUUUAGGAGCAAAGAAAUAAAAGACAACUGCUUUUUAAUUGUUAUCUUACUAUUACAAGAUGUGCCAGUAUUGUGAUUGAUCUACAAGAUUUUCACAUUAGAAGGGAUAAGUAGGCAGGAAAGUUGGACUUGUGCUGCAUAAUCUCACAAAAUCAAAAUCAAUCAACAAGUAUCACGACCUAUUAGUGUUUUAAUUUUUAAAUCUACUAUCUUUUUUACUUUGCUGUAGAAAUGCUAUGUCUGUAAAUUAUUGUUCCACUUGAGAUUUCAUUGUAGAGUUUAGGGCAAAUGUAAUCUCUCUACCUGGUUAAACACGGCAUUUUUUAAAAAAAAAAAUUCUCUCGUUACUUUAGGGUAAACAUUUUUGAAAUGUCAUUAUUGGAGUGCAGCCUUUAACCUUGGAUAGGGGUAGUGACAAAACAAAAUGUUAUAUGAUGAAGAACAUGCCUAUAAUUUUGCAAGUGGAAAAUUUUGUGCAUUUUUGAAUAAGCUAUACGUGAAUGAAUGUUAACUUCUGUUUCAUCACAAUUUUAAUUUUAAAUUCUGAUUGUCCACACUGAGUUGAGUGUGGUGGUGAGCAUGAAGCCACAAAGCUUCUCCCCCAUUUAUGUAUUUUGUUUUAACAUAACCAAGUGCUCACUCACCCAAUCGUCAGAUCAUUGGAAUAGGAGCAGGCCAUUUAUCUGCUCCUUCCUGCUUCAACAUUAUACUCUAACAUGGCUGUGUAUCUUAACUCCACCUAUGUGCCAACGUCCAUAGCUGUUGCUACACAUAUUUGAUAUGAUGUAACCUGUCCACUCCUAUGCAGAUUGGUUUAAAACAAAUGUGUAUAACAUUCUGUACUCGAAAACUUGAUGACAAAUCAACUAAUGUUUUAUUUUUUUUUCUCUCAUAUUUUCUUCCACCUCAGUUAUUUUCAUCCCUUCCCCUCUUUAGGUCCACUGUGCCAUUCACUCUACUAUAGAAGAGAAGGUGGACAGGCAAUCUGCUCCCAGACCUCUAACAAUGCCGCUCUGUAACUGGCUGCUAGGAGUUGUGCCACCACUUUCCACAAUACUAAGUAACCACUUUGGUUGCCGCCCAGUAGUAAUGCUGGGUGGACUGCUCGUUAGUAUGGGAAUGAUGGCAGCAUCGUUUGCACGAUCAAUUGUAGAAAUGUACAUUGCCAUUGGAGUAGUCUCAGGAGUAGGUUUCUGCCUCAGUUUCCUUCCGACAGUCACAAUCCUCUCCCAGUACUUCGAUAAAUAUCGUUCUCUUGUUAUGGCUGUAGCAUCCACAGGAGAAUGUUUUGCUAUCUUCACUUUUGCACCCGCUUUUACAUUACUGAAGAACCAUCUUGGGUGGAAAAAUUGUCUCCUCAUCAUAGGUGCACUGCAGCUAAAUAUUGUUGUAUGUGGAGCACUACUUCGGCCAAUUGUUAUCAGGAAAAUUGAGAAAAAAAAAAUGAAUGUGGCCAUGGAGACCAAGUAUAUGCUGGAGAAUGAAGAAACAUGCAUGUCUAUAGAAUCUGUGGACUCGGGAGUGGAAUCUUUAUCUACCUCAUGUGAUAACUUGGAACAUAGUAAAAAGUGUACAACAAAUGAAACUCUCAAAGAAAAUCUUCAAAUGCUUCCAGAUAGGAAGCUAAAAUCAGAGAAUCAGCCAAAGUUGCUUGACUUUGUAAUUCUAAAAAACAAAAGCUUCAUAUUUUACGCACUUUUUGGUCUAUUUGCCAGUUUGGGAUUCUUUGCACCUCACCUCUAUGUGAUUCCCCUUAGCAUUAGCUUAGGUAUUGAUGACUGGGCAGCAUAUAUGUUGUCUGCUAUGGCAGUUACAGAGGUGUUUGGUAGGUUCUCAAUUGGCUGUGUCCUAAAUAAGCAGCCCAUACGUAAGAUUUACAUUCAACUGAUUUGUGUAAGCCUACUGAGUAUUACGUUGCUGUGCUUUCCUUUUGCGAAAUGCUUAUGGAGCCUUGUUACAUGCAGCAUGCUGUAUGGAUUCAUGUUUGGCACUGUGGCUAGUACUCACAUCCCAAUGUUGGCAGAAGAUGAUGUCGUGGGAGUUGAGAAGAUGCCAUCUGCUAUUGGAAUCUACAUCUUUAUUCAGAGCUUUUCAGGACUUGCUGGCCCACCUAUUGGAGGUUGGCUUGUUGAUGUUACAGGCCAGAAUUAUGGAUCUGCGUUCUUCUUUUGUGGAAUUGGCUUGAGUUUAGGUGCUUUUUUUCUAGCAUUAGUUCGGCCAUCUAAAAAAGGGUUCUGUCUGAGAAAACAACCUCUAGAGGUCGAUCAGCAGCAGACAACACAGGAAACUCUCAGAAGUGCAGUAGAUGUGCCCGAAGACUUCCUAGAUACAGACCUGAAGAAACCAGAAAGCUUACAGGAUGACCUUCAAAACAUUGCCUGAAUGAACAGUCACACACCACCGAGCGUACCUUGCCUUUCAAAGGUAUCCUGAUUUAUCCUGCCAGUUUCCUCUACUUGGCCACAUAUUUAAUCUCCAACUUUCCCUAUUCUCAAUGACCAAAUUGCCUAUUCACUUUGUCAAGGAAUACUGCAAGAAGCAAAUAUUUCACAUUUACUAUUUAAUGAAACAUACAGCUACAGCUGAACUGAACUAAAGGUGCCCAGAAAAUGAAAAAACUGAAAGCAGGAAUACAUUUAUGUUUUCUUCUCAAGGUAAAUUAAUUAUAUGCCUUGAUAUUCUUGCUUUAUAUAGGAUGAUGAUCAAAAACAUUUGACAUGCUGGCCUAAUCGUCCAAGCCACUGAUCAAAUGUUGUGUUCCAAAAAAAUUUUUCUUUUGAGUCUAUCAACUAUUUCUUUCUUUACUCAGACUACAAGAUGGACCAAAAUGAAAUAUUUUAAAAUGGAGCAUUUAAUUUCACCUUUGGGGUGGGGGGAUAUGUCGGGAGAAGACGGAGGAAAUGCACAACUCAGUCUACCGGGGUAAUCGUAAAUGAAAAAAAAAUUAAUUCUCCACAAUUUACAGUUAUCACCUAUGGGAUGCAUGGUGAUGAAAACUUGAAAGCCAUUAUGCAGCUAAUAUGCAGAUGGGGUAAAGUUCAAUUUUACCACCCUAUAGUAUGCAAAACACAUACAAGUUUCUGAGUUUUAAAGAGAUUUAAAAUUUCUACACAGAAGUAAAAUGCUAGUUGUAGACUUCUCAUUCUUCAAAUAGUUUCUUCUACACUCUAAACAACUCUUUUGGCUCCUAAUUUUUUUAAAGCCAGUAUUACAUCAAAAACUUGAAUAUUGUAACCAUAUCUAGGACACUCUUUGAUCACUCCUUAUUCACUCCUGGAUAUGAUACAAGAAGAGUCCUUGACAUGUAAAAACUUAUGGUUCACAAACUUUCUCUGACCAAUCCAACUUUACUUUCGUUGAUUAUCAAUUCCACGUGCUUCUCUUAGGACUUAAAAUACAUUUAAAACCUUAAAUAUUGAAUUCUGCAAGCUCUUCACCUUCCUUCCAUCCCCAUCUAAAAAAAAGUUUUGUUAUCCUUUGCUGCAUUACAUAUAGGGCCUAUGUUAUUGUCAGUAAGUUACUGUUUACAGUGCUAAUGAUUGCACAUUUUUGAUAUUUCAGAAAAUGAGUACAUGGUGAACAAAAUUGUACCUACACUGGAAAUACUUAUGCAGAAAAUAAGAGGCUCCCUCAUAUUCACUUAAUCAUCACGUAUAUAGUGUUAGGAUUCAAAAUGCAGUAGAUUUGAUAUCUUUGUGGUAUUAAGAACGAACUGCAACCUAAAAGCAAAAUAAUGCAAAUUCUGACUUUUCUUGCCAUUCAUCAUACAUAGUACCCUGUGUCUGUGUGUGUAGAUAAAAAAGCCAAUGACUUAAAUUUGAAUUACUAUAAUCUUUUUUUAAAACAGUUUCUGAUGUAGGUUAUUCAGUCAAAUUAUAAAUGAGUAGUUCACAUCAGUGCUAAACAAUCACUAAGUCAUAUUUUCCCUCAUCUAAGAUUAGUGGGAGUGCUUUAAAUAUUUGGCACAAGUUGGAAGAAUUCUGGCUCACAUCUGUGUGCUAUAAUAUUGAGGUCGUGGCAUUAUAAGCAAAUGUGGAAAAGGAAUCAGGCAAAAUUCUACAGAUGUAAUUUGAAUAUUGGUAAACCAAAAGAUUAAGAUCCUCUUGACAAAUGUCCUUCUCUAAGAUGACUAACCCUGUGCAGCUGCAAAUAUGUAUACACGCUAAUGAUAUUAAGCAAAUCCCAUUUACACAGUUGCAGGGGGAUCUUGACUGUCCAGCCAGGACAGGGUGACAUUACUUCCAGUAAUAGGAAACUUUAUGGGGACCACUAAAGUGAAUUUUAUGGGGACCACAAAAGAUACAGAUAAUGUAUAACAUGUUCGAUCAGGAAGCAUCAAUAACUACAGUGGACAACUGUCUUUUUCAUCUUUAAUACUAAAUGCACAGUUAAACUCUUUGAUGUGAACACUUUCCAAAUAACUAAACUGCAAAAUAAGUAUCAUGCAGAAAAUGUGUUAGAUUACAAAAUGGGAUUGAAAACAAAAACAUAAUCACUGAUUUUUAUUCUGGCAUGAAGACCUCAUUCUAG